UGCUACUUCAACACAAAUGGCCCCACGGAUUUUGACGUUAGUCAUCGCCGCAAAAAAAGUAAAGAAAUUCCUAUUGCCCAUGAAUUUGUGGCUGACAAUAUUAAUUAUAUUUUUCGGCUAUUAAUUGUGAAGUAGAAAGUGAAAAAGUAUAUAGAAAAUUCAAUACAGGAGCGGUGUAAUCUGCAAGCGAAGGAAUUGAAAGCAGUGAUCGUCGGUGGUCGAGUCAACAUUACCAACAGUGGAAAUGGAUAGCAAGGGACGCAAUGUUAUCGUAUGCGAUAAUGGAACCGGUUUCGUGAAAUGUGGUUAUGCUGGCAGUAAUUUCCCUGCACACAUAUUUCCCUCCAUGGUUGGCAGACCGAUAAUUCGUGCAGUUAAUAAAAUCGGUGACAUAGAAGUGAAGGAUUUACAUGUCGAUGAUCUAAUGGUGGGCGAUGAAGCCUCACAACUACGCUCGCUCCUGGAGGUGUCCUAUCCAAUGGAGAAUGGUGUGGUGCGCAAUUGGGAGGACAUGUGUCACGUGUGGGAUUAUACGUUUGGUCCGAAAAAAAUGAAUAUUGAUCCAAAGAAUACAAAAAUACUUUUGACAGAACCGCCCAUGAAUCCACUAAAGAAUAGAGAAAAGAUGAUUGAGGUGAUGUUCGAAAAGUAUGGCUUCGAUUCGGCGUAUAUUGCAAUUCAGGCAGUGCUAACACUUUAUGCGCAAGGCUUAAUUUCGGGCGUCGUGAUCGAUUCGGGUGACGGUGUGACGCAUAUUUGCCCGGUGUACGAGGAAUUUGCACUGCCACAUUUAACCAGACGUCUGGACAUUGCCGGCCGUGAUAUCACACGGUAUCUGAUUAAGUUACUGCUUUUGCGCGGUUACGCGUUCAAUCAUUCCGCUGAUUUUGAGACUGUGCGCAUGAUGAAGGAGAAACUCUGUUAUAUCGGUUACGAUAUUGAGAUGGAACAGCGACUGGCAUUGGAAACUACUGUCCUUGUUGAGUCAUAUACAUUACCCGAUGGUCGUGUGAUAAAGGUGGGCGGUGAACGUUUUGAAGCGCCCGAGGCGCUCUUCCAGCCCCAUCUAAUAAACGUUGAGGGCCAAGGCAUAGCUGAGUUAGUGUUCAACACCAUACAAGCGGCCGAUAUCGAUAUGCGCCCGGAAUUGUACAAGCAUAUCGUUCUAUCUGGUGGUUCAACCAUGUAUCCAGGUCUUCCUAGUCGAUUGGAACGCGAAAUAAAGCAAUUGUAUUUGGAACGUGUGCUCAAGAAUGAUAUCGAUAAAUUAGCGAAAUUCAAAAUUCGCAUUGAAGAUCCACCACGGCGAAAAGAUAUGGUUUUCAUUGGUGGCGCUGUUUUGGCUGAAGUAACAAAGGAUCGCGAUGGUUUUUGGAUGUCGAAGCAAGAGUAUCAGGAACAAGGACUUAAAGUAUUACAGAAACUUACGAAGAGCACUCAGUAGUAGUAGCAAGGGCCAAAAAAUACUGUUAGCAUUCAAGUUCUGCGUACAGAUAUGUUUUGUAUUGUGUUUUCAUAAUUACCAAUACAGCAGAUUAGUAUAUGUAAAUUUAAGUUAAAAAAUGACAAGACAGUACUGUUAUCUAUAUUAAUUUUCCAAACAGUCUACAUAUAUUAACUUGCUCUAUUUAUAAAAUUAAUUAUUCCUUUCGCUUUUAACUUAAGAGUUUCGGAUAUUUCUUUUCUAUUUCAAAACAAAAAUGGACACAAACGACUUUGAUGACUUGCUCACACACCACUUUACCGUAAGAUACAAAUAGUUACAUACAUACGUACAUAUACGCUUUGUCUAGAAAAUUAAAUUAUAGAUAUGCAUUUAAUUUUUAUGUGCGUAAGCUAUGAAAGCCAUUUUAAAUGUUCUGUACACUGUAAAAAUUUGAUUACUCCUACUCCCCAUUGUAUGCCAAUUCUACUUAUGUAGCACGAUAAUUUCCCACUGUUGCUAUGAUUUAAAGAUGAAAAAUGAAAUAUUUUUUAUUUAACCUAAUAUAAAA